GAAACAAUCGUCAAAUAAAACACGCCUGUAUCUGCCAAUUUUGUAUUUGCUUAUUCGUUGUAUGACAGUGUUCCUAAAUCGUAUGCACUUGUGUACAAGAAUUAAAGUCCCCACAAAUAAAAUAUCAUUUUUCGGUAUAACGGAAUAUCCUUGAACUGUCAAAAUGAGCGAUGAAUUGACGAAAGAACAAAUAGAGCUGCUUCGUAAUGCAUUUAAUGCGUUCGAUCCAGAAAAGAAUGGAUACAUUAAUACUGCCAUGGUUGGAACCAUUCUCAGCAUGUUGGGUCACCAACUGGAUGACGCGACACUGGCCGAUAUUAUCGCUGAAGUCGAUGAAGAUGGAUCGGGUCAGAUUGAAUUCGAAGAAUUUACGACAUUGGCUGCCCGAUUUCUUGUUGAAGAGGAUGCCGAGGCCAUGCUGCAAGAAUUAAAGGAAGCCUUUCGCCUUUACGAUAAAGAGGGAAAUGGUUAUAUAACAACAGGCGUCCUUCGUGAAAUUUUGAGAGAAUUAGAUGAUAAAUUGACAAACGAUGAUCUGGACAUGAUGAUCGAAGAAAUAGAUUCGGAUGGAUCAGGCACUGUGGAUUUUGAUGAAUUUAUGGAAGUUAUGACUGGUGGCGACGAUUAAUAGGAGGAUUGGUUUAUACAAUGCCUCCAACAGCAGUUAAACUAGUCUUAAAUUGUUGGCAACUGCACUUAAGAGAAAUAAUAAAUAUCAGCAUUAAAACACCAAA